GUGUGCCAGUUAGAAUAGAAUAUAACCAAUUAAGUUGAUGCAAGCUUAAAACAAAAUUUUCUUUGCUUCAAAGCCAUACACUUACUUAAUUACCACUCAUCAUCUGUCUCCACAAAUCACAGUGUUUUGAGAGUGGAUAUAUGUACCUCGCUAGCAAGUGCAGUUGGUUUAACAAUAAUUGUGUAAACAUGAUCAACACCCAGAGGGAAAAACCCAAAUUACUUGGUUAUAAAACAAAAAUGUCAUCAAUUCAUCUCUUAGUAAUAAUGUCAAUCUUUUGGUUAUCGUUUGUCGUUGGAAAAUCGUCCAGCAAUUCGGUUUGUGCUGACGAUAAUAGUGUUGAUAUUGGUCUUAGUGUUCCUGACGGAGUAGUUGCACCUGAUCAGCACUUCGGAGGGGGAGGACCAGCGUCGGUGGAGAGUAGUACUACCAAUUAUCUCUCAUCGACUUCUUCUUCUGAUGAAUAUGGUUUAGAAGAUGGAGAUUUUGAUGAUCUGCUGGGGAGUGAACAGGAAUGGGAGAUGGUGUCAAGGAAAGGAAAUCAAUUCGUAAUUUUGCCAACUUCGAUGUCAAAGCAACAGGAUACGGUUAGGCCUUUCUAUGUCAAUGGGUUCAAUACAUACUGGUUGAUGCUAUUUGCAGCGGAUGAUUCGACCAAAGGUAAAGUGAGUCAAAUAUUUCAAGAAGCCUCCUCAGUGGGACUCACUGUGUGUAGGACUUGGGCGUUUAAUGAUGGUGGAUGGAGAGCCCUUCAAAAAUCGCCUGGAGUCUAUGACGAAGACAUUUUCAAGGCACUGGAUUUUGUAUUAAGUGAAGCGAAGAAGUAUAAGAUCAGGCUUGUCAUGUCAUUAGUCAAUAACUGGGAAUCCUACGGCGGCAAAUCCCAAUAUGUGAAAUGGGGAAAAGAAUUUGCAGGUCUUACUAAUCUCACUUCAGAUGACGAUUUCUUCACGCAUCCAACUCUCAGAACCUACUAUAAGAAUCAUGUCAAGACGCUUCUUAAUCGAGUGAACACGUUUACGAAUGUGACAUACAAGAAUGAUCCUACAAUUUUUGCUUGGGAAUUGAUGAACGAGGCUAGGUGCUCAUCUGAUCCAUCCGGAGAUACGUUGCAGGCAUGGAUCCAAGAAAUGGCAAUGCACGUUAAAUCCAUCGAUCCGAACCACCUCUUGGAAAUUGGAGUGGAAGGAUUUUAUGGCCCUUUGACGCCAGACAGAGUUCAACUCAAUCCAAACAAGGUAGCCCAACAAGUAGGAACUGACUUUAUCCGGAACCACCAGGCUUUGGGUAUUGAUUUUGCUUCGGUUCACAUGUACGCAGAUUCUUGGAUCUCCCCAUCGGUUUCAAAUGCACACAUAAAAUUUGUGACGUCGUGGAUGAAAUCUCACAUAGAAGAUGCUGAGAAGAAGCUUGGUGGGAUGCCCGUAAUAUUUUCAGAGUUUGGAGUAUCGGUGAGGGACAGCGGAUACAAUGCAUCGUUCAGAGACACGUUAAUAAGCACAGUGUACAAAACGAUAUUGGAUUCAACAAAGAAAGGAGGGAGCGGAGCUGGAAGUCUGCUAUGGCAGAUCUUCCCAGAGGAUACUGAGUACAUGAAUGAUGGAUACGCAAUUGUUCUAUCAAAGUCUCCGGCGACAUCAAACAUUAUCUCUCUUCAUUCCACUAGGCUUAUGCUCUUCAACUCUCGCUGCUCUUGGAGGUGCCGUUGGGUUUGCAGCAAGAAGAAAAAUGCAUUGCCAUCUGUAGACGUAGACGACCAGUAGUAGAAUUGAUUUUCUUAUCGUACAUUAUUACAUAUAAAUACCUCUGUGCGUGUAAGUAAUUACAUAUAGAUAUAAAUUUGUAAUCGUAGUUCGGGCACUUUUGGUUCUCUUUAUAAACUGUGGAGAUUCUUCG